AUGUUACCAUAUCACGAUACAUCAAUGAAUAUUGAUAAUAUUCAUCGAAAUGAUAUAUCAAUUAUUCGUGAUGAUAAUAAUUAUCAACAUAACCAAUCUCAUUGUGAACUUAAUGAAAUAGAAACAUCCAAAACACGAAGAUUAAUAAAAAAGACAGCAAAAUUUUUAUUUUCACAUAUUGGUUUAGUUGGUCUUGUUGUUGUUUAUGCUAUUGCUGGUGGAUUUUUAUUUGAAUUACUUGAACAACAUCAAGAAAAAUUAAAUUGUCAAGAAGCACAAGGUGAACAUAUAGUUCAAAUAACAAAACUUAAACAAAAACUUGUUUCUUAUAUACAAUAUAAUAUAUCAUCAUCAUCAACAACAACAUUAACAUAUUCAACUGAAAAAGAUAAUACAACAGUUGCAUAUGCAAAAAUUGCUUUGAUGUUAUAUGAUUAUCGAGAUUUUGUUAUAACAACUGGUUCAAAAUAUCGUUAUUAUGGAGAUGAUUGUUCCAUUGUUAAUAAAUGGACAUAUCCAAACUCUUUACUUUUUGCCAUAACAAUAAUUACCACUAUUGGUUAUGGAAAUGUAACGCCAAUGACAUGGGAAGGUCAAAUAUGUUGUAUAUGUUAUGCAACAAUUGGUAUUCCAAUAUUUCUUUUAUGUGUUGCAAAUAUAAGUGGUGUUCUUGGAGAAAUGUUUCGUUUAUUAUAUUCAAAAGUUCUUUGUAAACCAUGUCAUAUGAUAAAAAAACGACGUGCAGAUGCACGUAAAGCUAAACUUGAAGAAGAAAGUGGAAUGAAUAUUGAUCGUGUGAAUACUGGUGGUUGGACAAUUCAUGAUAAUAAUAAUAAUAAUAAUAAUACAAAUAAAAAACCAACAAAUCAUUCGAUGAAUGCAAUAGAUACCGAUGAUGACGAACAAUUACAUAAUAAACGAGUUACUGUACCAUUAACAAUAACAAUGUUAAUUAUUGCUGCAUAUAUAUGGGCUGGUUCAUUGAUAUUUCAUAGUUUUGAACAAUGGUCUAUGACACAAGCGGGAUAUUUUUGUUUUAUUACAUUGGCAACAAUAGGAUUCGGUGAUUUUGUACCCGGUCAAAGAAAAGAUGAUCCAAACGCCGGUGCUAAACUUUUUCUUGGAGCUAUAUACGUAUUUAUCGGUAUGGCUAUAUUGGCUAUGUGUUUUGAUUUAAUGCAAGAAGAGAUUGUGGCGAAAUUUCGUUGGCUUGGUCGUAAAAUUGGUAUUAUUGAAAAAGACGACGAUAUGAUUCUUAAUCAAAAGAAUAAAGAACUUGAUUAUCAUAAAGGUUUAUCAACAACAUCAUCAAUUGCUGAUUCUACUUCAGCAAUAAAUAUAAAUGGUAAAAUAAAUGAUGAUGAAAAUGAAAAUGAAUGGUCAACACAACGUAGUUCAAAUGGAACACGUAAACUUAGUCCACGUAUUAAUAAUACUGCUCGUGUUCAUCCACUAACAACAAGUUCAAAUGAAGGAACACUUCAUCAACGAGCACCUACUACAAAAAUCAAUUGA